GGUCCGGCGCGGGCCGUAGGGCUGUGUACACUUUGCAUCUGGAUCCGAGGGGGGAGCCGAUGGAAAGGUACCUGUAUGGACGUUGGCUGCCGGCGUCCUGCGAUGAACACGAGCGAGCGCUAGGGGCUGAAGCGUUGGCGAGGCUGAGGCUGAGGGUUGGGCUUGCCCAAUGGCACGGCCAGCAGAAUGUCUCGCUCUGAGUGGGACGACUGACGACGGUGGGGUAUCUGUCAGUGGACUCGAGGAUCUGCUGCUGAUUCUGGCCUCGAGCGAGCUCGAGGACCGACAAAUGUAUGUAAAGAGCGAAGAGCGAGUGAGUGGGUGGGCGAUGCAAAUGUAUGGAGGCUGGGAUGCGAGUGUCCUGCGAGAGUUUCUACGGAGACCACGUGGAUGCAGUUUUCUGGGCGCAACUGAUCGCCUCCAGCACAGAGAACAUGCGGACUCGGAUCAUCGUCCGGGGGCGUAUAUGCAGAGGCCGAAUGUUGUGAGUUGACGGAGUCCGGACGCUGCCUGCUUUUCCCGGCGCCUAUAAAUCCUCUGCCCGAGUCCGGAAUGUCAUUGCUCGUCAUCAUCCCCUCGGCUGUCCCUGUACCUUCGCGUUUUUCCCAGCUGCUGCGGUCGUUGAUCACCGCCCAACUGCCAUACUUUGUCCCGAAUUCGCCAACACUUUGUCCAGCCCAGAGUCCGAGAUGGCAUCCGAGCAGAUGACAUGGGAUUCCGGCAAGGAGAAGGACCUGCCAUCGGAGGAAGCUGAGCUUACUGAGGAUGCGGCUUCCCAGCGAGCCCAUCAGACGGAGGAGCAAGCCGAACAUGGAGCCCAGAGCAAGGCUCGAGAGGGCGGCCGUGCCGUUGGAGAGACAGCUGAAGGCGUCACGCAAGGCACUGCCGCCUCAGAUCGGGCAAGCGGCGAGAAGCCCGAAGGUGUAAUGCACAAGACCGGCGACAAAAUCAAGGAAACCGUAGAUAAAUCCAAGGAAAAGAUUUUGGGGCACAAGUAGCAGAGUGUUGGACACUUGACAUUGUCACAGUCGAACUCUUUCUACUCAGCAUCGACGAGAGAGCACGAUAUUUGGUGACUGGCACGGUAGAGAAAUGACAGAAAGAAUUGGCAACUUGUAGUAGUGAUAUUCGUUCAGAAAUUCAACUCGUACCCCAAGCUACUCGACCCGUAUAGGGUAGAAAACCGAAAGGGGUAACACUCGACAGCAUCUGACACUUUGAAAACUCGCAUCCUUGCAGAAGAGGUGCAGCAGAUCUAGAUCCCACAGUAAAUGUGGAUAUUCACCCAAACAACAGAGAACUGGCAUAUGUCUUCCUUAACUCACUCGGGUAUCUCCGAGUAAUUUAUUCUGAUAUUAGCUCGAUCAAUUGUCGUGUAUAGAACUAUCAUCUUCCGGCUUGUAGAAUAGUUAGUUAGUUAUUCAUAUGAAUAUCAGCAAAUUCGAUAAGAUUGUAUCCAUUUGGAGAUUAGUUUUACAGUACAUUGGUUAGCUUGUUCAUCUUCGACUUCACAAGCAUUUUGAAACGCUUGGAUCUCAUAAAUAUACCCAAUCCUUGCAUACUAUGUACAAGUUGAAGAUUCAUCCUCACACAGCUUACCUAAUCACUCGGAUGAUGUUCACGUUAUUAAAUGAGCUCCUAG